AAACUUUCCGCCGGCUGGUCCAUCGGCCCGUGUCCGGCCCGCGCUGCCGCGGCCUGGAAGCCGAGCCGGGCGGGCUGGCGGCCUGGACCAGACGGGGCGGGAGCGGCCAGGCCCCGGGUGUCUGCGGCCGCCCGACGCGCCAGGGCCGGGCAGCGGGGAAGCGGAGCGCCGACGGGUGGAACCUGGCUGGGGCUGCCUUUCCAGGGAGCAGAGCCGUCCCGAGGAGGAAGCUAGGUCAGGAUUGGCUCCCGACGUGGGGAAGGAUCUGACCUUGCUGACCUCGCAGGCUGACAGGGGAGCUGUGCCCCCAGAGCAGCAUGGAUGCCCCCCGAAGGGACAUGGAGUUGCUCAGCAACAGCCUGGCGGCCUACGCACACAUCCGCGCUAACCCGGAGAGCUUUGGCCUCUACUUCGUGCUGGGCGUCUGUUUUGGCCUGCUGCUCACCCUGUGCCUACUAGUCAUCAGCAUCUCCUGCGCACCCCACCCACGGCCCCGGGGCCCCGCUCCGCGCCGGGACCCCCGAAGCAGCACCCUGGAGGCCGAGGACGACGACGACGACGAUGACGACGACGACGAGGACACCGUGACGCGCCUGGGGCCCGACGACACGCUGCCGGGCCCCGAGCUAUCUGCGGAGCCCGAUGGGCCCCUGAGCGUCAAUGUCUUCACGUCAGCGGAGGAGCUGGAGCGGGCGCAGCGGCUGGAGGAGCGGGAACGGAUCCUGCGGGAGAUCUGGCGUACGGGACAGCCGGACCUGCUGGGCACUGGCACGCUGGGGCCCAGCCCCACGGGCACAGGCACCCUGGGCCGCAUGCACUAUUACUAAUCGACCCUGCUCGCGCUGUAAGGCGCUCUGAGUACUGGACAGGCAUAGGAGCUCCAAGCUGCCCCACGACCUUCGGACUGCCCCUGCCCACGGUGCUAUGGAGGCCCCGCCCCCACAGCUCCCCGGUGCUAUUGGGCCUGGAUCUCUGCCCCCUGAGAGACACCCUUCCCCAGUCCAGCCAGAAGGCCCUGGGGGGAGGGCUGGACCCAGAAUCCCCACCCCCUCUCUAGGGGAUGAUUAAGAGGUGAAGUGACCAAUGAAAGCUGCAUUCUCAGUGA